AUGGGCCAAGAUGAGCCAGAGGUUGAAGCCUGCAGUGACCGACCAUCCUGGGCCAAUAAAAUUGAGUACCUCCUGGCCCAGGUGGCCUUCUCUAUGGGACUGAGCACUGUUUGGCGCUUUCCUUAUCUGUGCUUUCACAACGGAGGGUGUUUUCUCAUCAUGUACACCGUCUUGCUCUUCUUGGUCGGGGUUCCUCUCCUCUUGCUGGAGAUGGCAGUUGGUCAGAGGAUGCGUCAGGGCAGCACUGUUGUAUGGAAGAUCAUCAGCCCCUGGAUCGGUGGGGUGGGAUAUACCAGCUUCAUGGUGUGCUUCAUCGUGGGCUUGUACUAUAGUGUGCUCAUGGCUUGGAGUCUCUUCUAUUUGGGUCAGUCUUUCCGGUUCCCACUGCCUUGGGCAUUGUGCCCCUUACUGAGGAACUCCAGUAAUUUUGAUCCUGAAUGUACGCGGACAACAUCCACCGUAUACUUCUGGUACCGGCACGUACUGAAGGCCACAGAUGAAAUUGAGAUCGAUGGACCACCAGUCCUGCAUCUCAGUGUCUCUCUCUUUGUGACCUGGUCGAUUAUCUGCAUCUCCAUGGUCAAAGGGCUCAGGUUCACUGGGAAGAUGCCGGCACUGUACUCUGUGGAAGUGUGGCGCCGGACAGGGAACCAGCUCUUUUUGUCCAUGGGCUCUGGCUUUGGCAGCUUCACUGCAAUCAGCUCAUACAUCCCUCGGUCCAACAACUGUGUCAUGGAUGCCUUUGUUGUGGCUCUUCUCAACUUGAUGACCUCAGUGACUGCGACGGUGUUUGUAUUUGCCAUCAUAGGCCACAUGGCCACAAAGGAGAACGAAAAAUGUUAUUUGAAGAAGGUUAUGGAGGGCCCAGGUGUGGCCAUUGUGGCAUUUACUGACAUCAUUUCUCUGUUUUCUGGAUCUACCUUCUGGGCCAUCAUCAUCUUCCUAUUUCUGGUGUCCAUGGGGCUGAGCACCAUGAUAGGGAUCCUGCAGGGCAUCAUUACGCCACUCCAGGACACUUUCUCUUCCCUCCAGAAACAUACAAAGCUGUUCACAGUGAGUGUCUGCGUGCUUAUGUUCCUGAGCAGCCUCGUUUUUGUGAAGCCCUCGGGCAGCUACUACAUGAACCUGCUGGAUGACUACUGGGUGUCUCUGCCCCUCUUCUUCAUUCUCAUCUUGGAGAACAUGGCCAUGGCCUGGAUCUAUGGGGCCAGGAGGUUCCUUGCAGACCUGAUUAUCACAUUGGGCCGCCCCAUCUCCCCCAUCUAUCGUUGGCUGUGGUGCUUCGUAUCUCCAUUUGUGCUGCUAGUCCUGUUUGUGAGCACCGUGAUUCGUCUGUAUGUGAAGGGCAUCACCUACUUUGCCUGGAACUCAAGCACUUCAAAGGAAGUGAUCCGAAACUAUCCAUCAUGGGCUAAAGUCUUGCUCAUACUCAUCAUUGUCAUUACCAUCUUGCCCACCCCUGCCUACUUCUUACCUGUAAUGAUGGUGUUCUUUGACUUCCAGUACUCGACUGAUGGCGACUGUUGA